AUGGAACACCAAUAUAUGACCCAGACUCCCAUGCAGUCUCCCAUGUAUUACUACACUCCUCAAAAGCAGCAGCACAUCCACUACAACUCGCACAUGGCUCCUCAGAACAUGGAUUACUUUUCUCAACCCGUCUCAUCUCACGUUCUGUACUCUCAGCGCAGCUCUCCUCUCUACCAGCAACAGCCUCAGUACAUUUCGCAAGCUAUGCUCACUCCUGCUGCCUCGCCUCGCCUCCAGCACCAGAAGCCUACCAUCAUGCUCCAGCAAGAGAUGCCCAACAUGAACAUGUCGUUCGACUCUGACUGCUACGGCCCUGCCACCCCCACUCUGUCUGCCACCAGCUUCAACUCUGCCGACAGCCCUCAGUCCAACUACCACAUGAUGCCCACACCCGCCAACGAGCUUCACAUGAACCCUUUCGACGGGCUCAAGCAGAACUGUGAGGACGACAUGUUUGGUGACUACCUGCUGUCGUCGUCUGCAUGCCCAUCAUUGUCACCCUCGCCAUCGCCCAACUCGCGCUCUGCCAUCAGCGACGCCAGUGUUUGCGAUCCCCGCACUCUGACCGUCCCCAGCAACGUUUUCCCCUGUUUGCCCACCCUGUGCGCCGGCGAUGACGAGGAGCACAAGUUGAUACUCAAGGGCGACUUCACUCCCUCCAAGACUUUCGACGCUUCCGAGUUGAUGCCUGCCAACCACGGCUUCCCCACAUUUGAGCCUCUUUUCGAGCUCGACGUCGAGGACGACUUCUGCGCCAGCAAGCGCCAGCGCGUUGACUCACACUUCACCAACGACUCCAGCUUCUGCUUCACCGACGCCAGCUUCAGUGACGAGGACCUCACUUUCUCCCCUUGCCAGUCUGAGUUCUCCUUCACAUCCGGCCCCGUCAUGGACAUGACUCCCGCCCGCCGCACCGUCGUCAAGCGCUCGGCCAAGGUCCCUCAGUAUGCCGCUGCCGGACACUCGACCAACAGCCAGCCUCAGCAAGUUCCCAGCAACGCCGCUGCCUCUUCCUCCUCAUCUGCCUCCGGCGAUGACCACUCCCACUCUGGCCCUUCCUCCUCCUCGACCACCCGCCGUGGUCGCAAGCAGUCUCUGACUGAGGACCCUUCCAAGACUUUCGUCUGCACCCUCUGCUCGCGUCGCUUCCGCCGCCAGGAGCACCUCAAGCGCCACUACCGCUCUCUCCACACCCACGACAAGCCUUUCGAGUGCACCGACUGUGGCAAGAAGUUCAGCCGCAGUGACAACCUCAGCCAACACCAGCGCACCCACGGCGCCGGCACUGUCGUCAUGGGAGUUAUGACCAGCGACAUGACUUCCCAGAUGGCCGUCAACGUUGCAGAUGUUGGCUCUGGUGUUCUGCGCCCCAAGAGCGAGACCCCUGACGCCAGCGAGCUCGGUGCCAUGCUCUUUGACCACGCCGCCGCGGUUGCCGGGUCUAGCAGCAGCAGCCAAUCAGGUUACGAGUCAGCCGAGGAUAACAGCUUCCAGCAGAAGAAGAGAAAGCGCGAUGACUAG